AUGGCUUUCUUGCAGUCAUAUUUGUUGUUUGUGGUUAUGUUUUCAUUCUUCACUCCAACUGAUGGACACUUUAUCACCAUCCUCGACCUUUGUUAUUACAGAGGGGAAGAUCCACACGAUGUGGAGUACGUCUGGAGAGCUAUUUCAGACAUGGUGAAGGUCAUGGAAUACAACAGCACUCUCAAUAGAUUUACUGGUUACACACCCUUUGGGAUACAUAACGCUGAGCAAUUAAACGCAGAUCCCGUGGUCCUGGCAUCGUUUCAAACUCCACUUCAUUUCUUCUGCAAACAUUAUGGUGCCCUCGCCUACGAAGCUGGAAUAAACAACAAUGUUGAGCCCUCCGUCCAUCUGAGGUCCAUGACGCCCCACAGUGACAGACACCCCUCCAUGUUGACGUGCAGCGCCUACAAGUUCUACCCCAAACAGAUCAGGGUGACCUGGUUGAGGAAUGGACAGGAAGUGACCUCAAACAUGACUUCCUCUGAGGAGCUAGCCAAUGGCGACUGGCACUAUCAGAUCCACUCCUACCUGGAGUACACUCCCACACCUGGAGAGAAGAUCUCCUGCAUGGUGGAGCAUGCCAGCUUCACUGAACCAAAGAUCCUCCACUGGGACAUGUCUCUGCCAGGGUCUGAGAGGACUAAGAUAGCCAUCGGGGCGUCUGGGCUGGUGCUGGGGCUGGUCUUCGCUGCAGCUGGUCUCCUCUACUACAACAGGAGGAAGACCACUGGUGGUGAUGGUGAGUAUAAGAU